AUGGCCCCCAAACUGGAGCGCGUUCUCAACACAAGCUUCUUUUUCAUCCUCGCCCUCAUCCUCUUUUUUCUUAUAGUCCUCACUCCGGCCGACGCGAUCUAUCAAUGCUGGGAAACCAACCAGCUCACCGACAUCUUCUUCAUCACCGGCGCAUAUGUCGUUACCUUCAUUCUCGCCGUCCUCAUCUACUCGACUCGACUUUACACAAACAGAAGUACACUGGCCGGUAUUCCAAAGGCAUGGAUACCCGUGGAGAAGGAGGACGUGAGCAAGAGCGUCCGCCGUUUAAUCAAAGAGGGACUUGCUCGUAGCGCAGUCGUCUCCUACCAAGCUCGGCCGCGGGACACCUCGGGGGAAACAGACAGCUUUCAGAAUUACGAACCUCUUUUGAUCGACUCCAAAAGGCCGCCAUGGGGUCGCGUGGAGCACCCUGGCUGGUCAUCACCCGCUUCACCCGACCUGCCGGAUCUGCCAUAUCGAACAGUCAUUCAGGAAUUACCCAACCUAAUCGAAGCUAAGGCAGUCUCACUAGCUCCUUCCGAUUCUAUUCAUUCUGCGCCAAAUGCCUUUGGUCCGAUCGACGACCUGGACCCCCACUCCUUACCCGAUAUGCGUGUGGUGGAAGUACUACGGCGACCGGCUUCUAUGGGAUUAAGGCAAUAUAUUCGCCAUCUAACGACUUUAGGGGCUAUUGAACCACCGGAGCUCGGCCAGGAUUUUCUUGUGCUCUAUGAACGGUCUCGUUUUUCCUCACGGCAACUCCACGAGUCCGAGUUUCGUGACUUGAUGCAUUUGUUUGCAGAGAUCUUAAGAGGCAUGACAUCCCUUGCAUCUCCUAUCGUGAAUGACAUUCGCGAUAACGCGAGCUACCGCCGCGCAGAUAGCGAAUCAAUCAUCGGGCCAUCGGAUGAGGAGGGAGAGACAGAUACAGUGGAUCAUUACGGAUACGAUGGCACAUUCGCAUCGAUGCGGAGUAACAGCCUCCGGCCAUCCAAUGCAUCGACAUGGGAGACCCAAUCGGGCUACGAGACUGCACCAGGGGUACAAAGCCCAUUCUCUGGCAUGUCACAAGAGAGCGGGUCUUACCUGGAGCGGGGACUCCGCACCCCAUCAACUCGAUCCCUGCGGCGUGUGCACUCCGAACAAUCCGGCAGUUCAGGAGGAAGUGUGAUUCGGUUGUCGCAGCCCCAGGAUCGGAGCAAUUUACCAUAUACAAUCACCUACGCUGGUCGUAGGGAUAUUUAA